AGGCAAGCCAGCUCAGCACAGCCCAGCCCAGCCCAGCCCCGUUAAAGUCAGUAAGCAAUGUCAAGUCAGGGAGAAGACAGAGAAACAUAAUUGAACAUGUUUGCAACAUGACUGUACAACUCUUUAUCCUUGCAAAUAAAACAACUCAACGAAUGCUGUUACAAUUUUUUUAUGUAAUUAGGGAAAUUCCAGGUUUACGCGUAUAAUACAUUUUCCAUUCUAAGCAAAUCCAUUUGAGAACGAUCCGAUGUGUCUGUUUACUUACUUAUUUCUACCCUACCAUUUCAAAAAGUUUCGAUUAUUGCUUGCUAUCGAGGGAAGCCUUUCUUCCAAUAAGGAUGCCCAAAUACUCCUAAAGGUCCAUAAACGGUGUUGUUAGAUCUCGCUAAAUUGAUAUCAGCGUGGCUGUGAGACUGUAAAACGUCAUUCCUUAAUUUUAGUCAUAACUUUCCCUCUUUACGUUUGGCAAGCUUUUAUUCAAAUACAGUCGUUUAACGAGACGUAACGAACGUUAGCGUUGAUAGUAAACAAAAGAGAUAGGUUGAUUUUUAUUAUGAAAACAAAGGAUGAAAAGGAAACACGAAAUUUUUUUUUCUUUUUUUUUUUUUAUAUCAAAGGAAAGAAGAAGAGAAUUGGUUUUUUCAUAUUAAAAUUCAAAAACAUUUAUUAUUAUUUAUUGAAAAAAAUUGAUUUUCUUUAUUUUGUUUUGUGUUUGAUUUCAUCUGGUUUCUUUUCUUUUCUUUUUUUGUUUUGUUUUGUUUUGGCAUUUGUUGAUAAAAGACGCGACGCGACGCGUUUUUGUCGUUCAUGUGUCUCUUUGGCGUGUGCCGCGCCUACACCGGCCCGGCCCCGUGUGGGCACCACCACCAUUACCAUUUUUAGUAGCAUUUGGUGCAAGAUAACUAUAAACAAACAGUCGGCGAAGAUGCUAAAACUAGAAAGAAUAACCAAACAAGGGAAAAGUAAAGGAAAAAAUAGGAAUGUAAAAUAAAUUAAGAGUAAAAUAAAUCAAGUUUAGUAAAAUAGAUAUAGAAUAAAAG